UCCCAGCAUUUUUCUGUCUACCUAGAAGACCCACAUGGGGCCAUUUGGCCCGACCGCUUUUCCCCAAUACACUAAUCACUCAUUUUGUUAUGGUAAUGAGGCUGUUAGUGGCAGUGUGUGGGGUGAGGGGGUCACAUUUCACACACUUCAGACUUCAGUGGUGAAGUCAUGUUGGCUACUUCUGUGUGAAUGUGAGAAUGAGGAAUAAAAACACAUUCUAUUCUAAAAUGUGAACAUGUGAAUGUCCCAUGUGACCAUAACGACUCAUGUGACUGCAACCAGACAAUUGUUUGAUGGAUAAAUACCUCAGUGCACAUGGACUAUUGCUUCAGUUCCCUCAAGAAUUUUGUGGUGAAAGAAGCUCCUCUCCAAGGAACGAAGAUGCAGAGAUUCAACAUUCAACAGGCAUUGUAAGAUUUCAUUUCUAAGCUGUAAGGUAACUAACAGCCACAUUUCCAUAACAAAAUUAAUGUCUACAGGGAGGACUUGGGGCCAAUUGGCCCUCUUGUGGGUUUUCUAGGUAAAAAGGCCAAAUGGCCCCUCUCUGGGACUUCUAGUUAAAUGCAGGACCUUCAAGUCUAUGGAGCAGCAUUUUGGCGCAAGUCCAUCGGCUCGGACUGUCCAGACUUUUGUGAUGGCUGCAGAAGUUGUGUUCUGCCAAUUUCUUGUAGAACACAACAUCCCCCCCGACUGUGGCUGACCAUUUUUCGGAGCUAGUGAAAAAAGUUUCCCGAUUCAAAGACUGCACAGGAUUUUGCAUGCGAAUGAACGAAGACGACCAUGGUCGUCAAAGGAAGUUUAGUCCCUGCUUAUACAAAUCCUGUCAUCGAAAAAAUGUGCCAGCAGCCGUUUAGCCUUAUGAUAGAUGAGAGCAACGACAGAAACCGCACCAAGCACUUGGUCAUUCUGGCACGCAUUUUUGAAGAUGUCUGUGUAAAAACCAGAAUUCUGGAUUUACCAGAACUUGCUUCUGGUAAAGCUUCAGCGAUAUUUGAAGCUGUUGACAGCUUCAUGAGUGAAAAUGACAUCCCCUGGGCCAACAUGGUUGGGUUUGCAAGUGAAAAUUGCAACACCAUGAUUGGCAGGAAAGAUUCUGUUUUGACCAGGCUCCAAGCAAAAAGUCCCAAGAUUUUUAGCAUUGGCUGCAUUUGCCACUUGGCAAAUCUUUGUGUGAAGGACGGUGUGAAGGUGCUGCCAUUUAAAGUAGAUGACCUUCUGGUGGAUGUGUUCUACUUUUUCCACCACAGUUCAAAGCGCAUUCAGGACUUCAAAGAAUUUCAGCAGUUUACAGAGGUAGAGGAGCAGCAGAUCUUGAAGCACUGUCCUACCCAUUGGCUGUCCCUAGAGAAAGUCUGCAACCACCUGCUGAGCCAGCUGCCAGCCUUGCGAAGCUACUUUGCCAGUCAUAAAGAUGUUGAGAAACCGGGCAAAGUCAAGUCGAUAAAUGAAAGGCUACAGGAACCCCUGACUGAGCUGAUACUGUUGUUUCUGCAGUACAUUAUGCCAGUGCUCAAACAGUUUAACAUCCUUUUUCAAGGGGAGGAUUGCAUGGUUGGCAGUCUCCUCCCCAAGAUGUACAGGCUUCUAUGGAAGUUUUCUGUGAAGUUCUUGGAGCUGAAGCAUGUCAAGUCCUGUAGGAACCUUAGGGAACUUGAUGUGGGCAACCAGUAGCUGCAGCAGUCUGAUGACAAGCUGGCAGUGGUGUCUGCAGUCAGAUCUUGCCUGGUGGAGCUAGAGGAAGACCUGGAUGCAAAAACUGUCCAGGUUUUCUUCUCCUCUGUCAGAGGAUUUUAUGAGGCUGCUGCCAGGAAGAUGAUGGAUAAAUUUCCAUUUGACAAUGGAGUGUUGGCCAAUCUUGCAGUAUUAGAUCCAUCUAAAAAGGAUGACCUGGACUAUAGUGGUGUUGUCAGUUUAACUUCCUCUUUUGGCUUUGACCUGGACCUGGAGCAGUUGAAGGAGGAGUGGGAGAACUUUCAGCUUAUGCCAGAUGAUGUUGUGCCAUGCAGGGCAAAUGAUGGCAAAAAAGUACCAAUAGAUGUAUAUUGGGGAAAGGUCUUCGAUGUAAAAACUUCUUUGGGUGUUGCCAGGUUUCCAGUGCUGAAACAACUUUUUACUGCUUUGCUGUGCCUCCCACAUAGCAAUGUAGAUAGUGAGAGGGCUUUUUCAUUGGUUAGGAAAAUUCAUACGGAGUACAGAAAAAAUAUGGCUGCAGACACAUUAACUGCAUAUCUGCAAAUUAAAAUGAACUGUGAUGAGGAGCUACAACUGCUACCCAAGCAGUGAUAUUAUAGCUAGUGUCAAAUCUGCAACAUCUUUGUACAACAAAGAACACUCCAAAAAGGAAUAAGAUUCAAAUUCUUGUUAUAAAUUACUGGGAAGAUUUUCAAUUUAGGGCGGCACGGUGGUAUAGUGGUUAGCGCUGUCGCCUCACAGCAAGAAGGUCCGGGUUCGAGCCCCGUGGCCGGCAAGGGCCUUUCUGUGCGGAGUUUGCAUGUUCUCCCCGUGUCCGCAUGGGUUUCCUCCGGGUGCUCCGGUUUCCCCCACAGUCCAAAGACAUGCAGGUUAGGUUAACUGGUGACUCUAAAUUGACCGUAGGUGUGAAUGUGAAUGGUUGUCAGUGUCUAUGUGUCAGCCCUGUGAUGACCUGGCGACUUAUCCAGGGUGUACCCUGCCUUUCGGCCGUGGUCAGCUGGGAUGGGCUCCAGCUUGCCUGCGACCCUGUAGAACAGGAUAAAGCGGCUAGAGAUAAUGAGAUGAGAUAAGAUUUUCAAUUUAACUUCAUUACUUAUUAAUAUGUUCACUUAUCCUUGUUUAGAUAAUAUACUUGAUGUGGUUCAGUCAUCUUUAG